AUGGCCCUUGAUUUUAUUGACUACCUGGCUAAGAUAGAUCCGAUGCAGUCAUACGUGGUGCAGCGGCUUACUGGAGGCUUAGUGAAUAUCACUGCUCGUGCAACACGGCUCUCCAAAAGUGAUAUACCCGUGAGCAGGUUCGCUAACCAUUCUUCCUUUAUCCUAAAGUAUGCCCCACCUUAUGUAGCCGGCAUUGGACCUGAAGCACCAUUUUCCACAUUCAGACAGACUAUCGAGGCACGUGCAUUAUCGCUCUUCCUCCCUUCGUCGAACAGUUUGCACCAUCUCUGUGAAGAGACUGGAGUUAGAAUCCCCGUUUUGCUCCAUCAUGACCAAGAGGAGCAUGUCCUAAUUAUCUCAGACCUUGGGCCCCUUCCCAAUCUUUCUGAAUUCUUCGAUGACCUCGCUAGCAUAACCACAGCAACGAGGGUCAGUAAGGACUCGUCUGCUCGUACAUCAUCGGUAGUCACCCCAAUAUCGCCGGCAGAAGGUGUGAUGAUUGGUCAAAAAGUUGGAUCGUUUUUCGCCGGCCUCCACCAACGAACGAACGUGGAGAUGAUACAAAGGGAGCCAUACCAUGAUCCGCACUUGUUGAAACAUGACGGUAUGCUGGACAUGGUUCUGGAAGCUGCGAUCAGACCGGUUAAAGAGCAGUUGAACCUAUUCCCGGAUUUGUUUCCUCAUGAUGCUGUCUCGAUGGUAUAUCAGUGUGUCGAGGAUAACUUCACGCGCACGAGUGACGAGGAUGAAAAGGUGAUAGCUCUCGGUGACUGCUGGACUGGUGCAUUGCUUAUUGGUCUGGGCCACCCAACAGGCCCACCUGAGGUUGCAGUCAUAGACUGGGAAUUUACAUGUGUUGGCAGAGGAGUAAAUGGCGACAUUGCCCAGCUGCUGGCGCACCUAUGCCUGUUCGAGAUUGCAGCAGCAUGGCAAGGGAGAGCUGAUUCUGGCGCCACGAUCAAAGCAAUCAUGGAAGGACUUAUCAGGGAAUAUCGCAGUCGAAGUGAUGCCUUAACUCAAAUCUGGCUAGCCAAAUCAAACUCGUUGGCCCCUGAACCACAUUCAUUGACGGCUCGACUUAUGCGAUCGGCCUUUCUUGCUCACGGGGCAGAGAUCGUCAACAAUGCUUUCUGGAAGGAUUGGAUGGCCCAGACGAUGGCCAUCCACGUGUACGGGUCUUACCCGCCUCUAGCAUCAGACAUUGUCCUCUGGGUGUGGACCGUGGGCCUUCCACAGCAAGUUGAUCAACAUUUCAAUGUCGCCUCCGACUCCUCCCCAACGAAAACAAACCACUUUCAUCCUCAAUGGGAUCACAUCUCGAGUGCUCUCAAGCUCAAUCCAACCUACAGCUUGGAUAACCUCCAAUGCCUUUGUCACACAUCACCCCUCUAUACACAAUAUCGAGCAGGAUUCACACUUCAAAGCAAGAAGCAAACCAUGGUCUACACUGCUUUCACGCAAUGGGUAGAACACGGUCCCAAGCCCAAACCUGGUCCCAAGCCAAGACCAAGCCAACCAAGGCCGAUUCCAUCGGUCUGA